GCGGCUCGGCUCCGCAGACGCGCACAGCUGUGAGAAGGCUCACCAGCCAGGCACAUGCUGCGGAACGGACCCGCUCUCCGCCUUUAAGCCCGUAACAAUUCGCAUAUUUACUCGCGUACCGACUGUUCGUCGCCACCCGCCCCGCUGACAAUGUCCCUUAUCGAGGAAUACGCGGAGGGGGAAUACGAGAGAGCGCCCAAGCGGCUAAAGACGUCCGAGGUUGAGGAGGGAGAGGAGCUGGAGGAAGGGGAGGAUUCAGACUCAGCAUCGGCGGGGCUGCUAGGAGACGAGGAGGAUGACACAGGGCCCGGUGAGCAGAAAAGACCUCGGUGGAGCGCAUCAAAAUACGGAUCUGGGAGAAAGGACAACGGCGAUGAGACCCACAGGAUCGCCCCGUCACCUGUCGUCCACGUUCGAGGACUCUGCGAGUCUGUGGUGGAGGCUGACUUAGUGGAGGCUUUGGAGAAAUUUGGAAACAUCUGCUACGUGAUGAUGAUGCCGUUUAAGAGGCAGGCGCUGGUGGAGUUUGAGGACGUGGAGAGCUCCGACCGCUGCGUGGCCUGUGGCUCCAGCGAGGCCGUCUACAUCGCCGGGCAGCAGGCCUACUUCAACUACUCCACCAGUAAGCGCAUCACCCGGCCCACCAACGCCGACGACCCCAACAGCGGGAACAAAGUGCUGCUGCUCUCCAUCCAGAACCCGCUCUAUCCGAUCACUACGGAUGUUUUAUACACAGUGUGCAACCCGAUUGGUAAUGUGCUACGGAUUGUCAUCUUCAAGCGUAACGGAAUCCAGGCCAUGGUAGAGUUCGAAUCUGUCCAGAAUGCCCAGAAAGCCAAAGCAGCACUCAAUGGAGCCGACAUAUACGCCGGCUGCUGCACUCUGAAAAUCGAGUACGCUCGGCCCUCACGCCUCAACGUCAUCAGAAACGACAACGACAGUUGGGACUACACCAAACCCUUUUUGGUCAGAAGAGAACGUGGCAAAGGGAGGCAACGGCAGGCCAUACUGGGCGAACACCCGUCCUCGUACAGUGACAACGGUUACGGGUCACACUGCCCCCUGCUGCCACUGCCCAGUAAUAACAGGUUCAAAAGGAGCUCCCAUGACGUGCCAGAUGUGGUGGCCUACCCCCUGCCCCAAACUUCUUCCUACAUUGGCCACUCCUCCAGCUCUGUUGCCAUGGUGAGCGGCCUGCAUCCUAGCAAGAUGAACUGUACCCGCAUCUUCAACCUCUUCUGUCUCUAUGGCAACGUUGAGAAGGUGAAAUUCAUGAAAAGUGUGCCAGGCACAGCCCUGGUGGAGAUGGGCGAUGAGUAUGCUGUGGACCGGGCCAUCACACACCUCAACAGCAUCAAGGUCUUCGGGAAGAGGCUCAAUGUAUGUGUGUCCAAGCAACACGCCGUCAUCCCCAGCCAGGUCUUCGAGCUGGAGGACGGCUCCAGUAGCUACAAAGACUUCGCCAUGACCCGUAACAACCGCUUCACCAGCGCCGGGCAGGCCUCCAAGAACAUAAUCCAGCCGCCUUCCUGCGUGCUGCACUUCUACAACGUCCCUCCCUGCAUCUCCGAGGACGACCUGCUGAUGUUAUGCAAGGAGCAUGAUGUGCCCGGCUUCAUCAAGUUCAAGGUGUUUGAUGCUAAACCCAGCUCCAAAACCAUCUCGGGGCUCCUGGAAUUUGACAGCAAGACCCACGCGGUGGAAGUGCUGACGGUCCUUAACCAUUACCAGAUCAGAAUACCCAAUGGCUCCAACCCUUACACCCUCAAGCUGUGCUUUUCCACCUCCUCCCACCUGUGAGAUGGAGCUCGGGACACCCACUCCAUACCACCGCGCUGUUUACAGGGGACGAAGUGGCAGAAAAAGCCGUGGAGACACCGGGAGACAGGAGUGGAGCGGAGGAUGAUAUGAACUGGCACGGACCUUUUAGUGCGAGGACUCCCAAGCGCAAAACACUCAAAAAUCGUUUUCGGCUUUUUUUUCUUCUCCUUCUUCCUCUUUUUCUUCUUCUUCUUCUUCUUCUUCUUCUUCUUCUUCUUGUUAUUCUUUUUUUUUAUUUUUUAGACUGUUAUGUGUUUUUUUUUCCAUCAUUAUUCUCUGGUAUAACCAGAAACUGACUGACUUCAUAAUAAUGAGACAUGAUGAUGUCAACCCAGCCAAUUCCGAUUGGCCAGUGGCACUGAAGUUACGUUUCCCAUGGCAACUGAAGCAAGAUGAAACAAACUGGGACAUCUUUAUGUUUGUGUUUUUGGUCUCUAGCUAAUGGCUUUUUUAUGUUUUUCCUGUACUCUACAGAAUUUACACAAUCCAAAAUGACAGUGACUUAUGAUUUAUUGUUAUGCCAAUGUUCCUGACCUGAACAGUAGUUGUACGAACCGCCUGCUGAUUCUGAAACUGACAUGGUGUAAUAAGAUGUGUGUAUAGAUGUAGAGACAGAGGUAGAAAAGCCUGGGAAAUGAGCAAUCUGUUUAUACACUGUAAUUUAGACACGUCUGUAAUAUUUAUGUGUAUAGAUGCUGAGUGAGUCCUGAGGUGGCCAUGAGAUUUACUGGGACACAAGGCGCCUGGUUUAGCCAGGGCAGCGACAGUAAUGUGCUGCAUGAUUGGUCAAAGUAUUCUUCUUGGACUAGUCAUCAGUUGUUACCAGCUUUGCAGUAGCUAGUCAAGGUGGUGUGCUGAAGGCUGUCGAUCCAGCCGCAAGAGUGUCUGCUGUGAUGAAUGAUUUAUGAUUAACAGUCAGAGUGAGGUGUUGGUUGUAUGUAACAUUGUUGCUCCACAGGACUUUGGAAUCCGAAAACGGACACAUGGAAGGAUUCUGGCCCGGUGGGCAGGAUGCCAGCGCGGCUGCCUGACCGGGUCAAGCAUGUACUAUGCGCGUGAUGGGAGCACUCGGCUGCUUCGGGGGGUGAAAGGUGGGGUGGAGGGGGUUUGCGUAGUGGGCUUCACAUGCACCAUGGGAGCCGUGCCCUGGGGGUGCCCGGUCUGCCGGAUGACUGGCGCUGCCUGGCAGUGGGCAGGGAUGGUACUUUUGACAUCUCCUGGCGUGAGGUUGGAAGGCCAUAGUGCAGGACGUGGAGCUGUAGAACCCACCGCCUUUGGCAGUCACAGCAGGAGCCGUGCAGAGGGAACCCAAGGAUCACGUGUGCAGUAUUCUCAGUUUACUUGUCCAUGUGUGUAAUUGGCACUUCAACACAUCUGCUGUUCACUGUGAGCAUGUCCAGCCAUUAAAAACAUUUGCCAGA